AGAAAGCAGCCGUUAAGCGCUCUCGGUCGUGUGCGUGCGUAGAUCGGGUGGAUCGCCAAGCCGCCUCUUUUCCUUCCCCCCCGCCCCAAGGGUUUAAACAAAAGCAAAAACUUCAUUUCCAAGUAAAACACCUUAAAAAAGAUCGCCAUGGAUGAUGAUAUUGCUGCGCUCGUGGUGGACAAUGGCUCCGGAAUGUGCAAAGCUGGUUUUGCUGGGGACGAUGCCCCUCGUGCUGUUUUCCCUUCCAUUGUCGGUCGCCCAAGACACCAGGGUGUGAUGGUUGGUAUGGGCCAGAAAGACAGCUACGUUGGUGAUGAGGCACAGAGUAAAAGAGGUAUCCUGACCCUGAAGUAUCCCAUCGAACACGGUAUUGUCACCAACUGGGAUGACAUGGAAAAGAUCUGGCACCACACCUUCUACAACGAGCUGAGAGUUGCCCCUGAAGAACACCCUGUGCUGCUGACAGAGGCCCCCCUGAACCCCAAAGCCAACAGAGAAAAGAUGACACAGAUCAUGUUCGAGACUUUCAAUACUCCGGCCAUGUACGUCGCCAUCCAGGCAGUGCUGUCCCUGUACGCUUCUGGCCGUACCACCGGUAUAGUGAUGGACUCUGGCGAUGGUGUCACCCACACUGUGCCCAUCUACGAAGGUUACGCUCUGCCCCAUGCCAUCCUCCGUCUAGAUCUGGCUGGCCGUGACUUGACCGACUACCUCAUGAAGAUCUUGACCGAAAGAGGCUACAGCUUCACCACAACAGCCGAGAGGGAAAUCGUGCGUGACAUCAAAGAGAAACUGUGCUACGUUGCGUUGGACUUCGAGCAGGAGAUGGCCACGGCUGCAUCCAGUUCUUCCCUGGAAAAGAGCUACGAACUGCCCGACGGGCAAGUCAUCACCAUCGGCAACGAGAGGUUCAGGUGCCCAGAAGCCCUCUUCCAGCCCUCUUUCUUGGGUAUGGAAUCCUGCGGCAUCCACGAAACCACCUUCAACUCCAUCAUGAAGUGUGACGUGGACAUCCGUAAAGACCUGUAUGCCAACACCGUCCUCUCUGGUGGAACCACCAUGUACCCAGGCAUCGCCGACAGAAUGCAGAAGGAGAUUACAGCCCUGGCCCCCAGCACAAUGAAAAUCAAGAUCAUUGCCCCUCCGGAGCGUAAAUACUCUGUCUGGAUCGGUGGCUCCAUCCUUGCCUCCCUGUCCACCUUCCAGCAGAUGUGGAUCAGCAAGCAGGAGUAUGACGAGUCUGGACCUUCCAUUGUCCACCGCAAAUGCUUCUAAAAACAAGGACUAGUUACCACAAUAACAUUUUUUCUCUUUUUGACAAAUUCCCCCCAUAACUGCGCGUAAAACAAGAGUUGAGAUUGGCAUGGCUUUAUUUGUUUUUUUGGCGCUUGACUCAGGAUAUAAAAACUGGAACGGUGAAAAGUUGACGGCGGCAGUCUUAAAAAAAAUAAAAUAAAAUAAUAAUAAAAAAAAUUGUGUUGGAGCGAACGUCCCCCAAAGUUCUACAAUGCAUCGGAGGACUUUGAUUGUACAUUUGUGUUCUUUUUUUAAAUAGUCAUUCCAAAUAUUGUAUCAUGCAUUGAGAGGAAGUUAAACCGGCCUCUAUGAAGGCAACAGCCCAGCUCAAAGGAGCGGAAAAACCUUUCUGGUGUUCUAGAAAGUAUUGCUUGUAUGUAAAUCAUGUGAUCCAACAAGUGUCUUUCUGUAUCUUGCGCCUUAAAAAAACACUUGGUCCUCUUCUGAUUAUUUUUUUCUUUUGGUCAAGCAAAAAAUAAUAAUAAACCGGGCUGUGUAUGUUUCUCUUCUUCCCAAUCUAGAUGUGAAGGCUUACAGUCUAUCCCUCUCCCCUUCCCUGGGGGAACUCUUACCCAAAUUUGGUGCCAGUAUGUAUACGGGAUACAGUGGGUUGGGGAGCAAAACUGUACACUGACUUUAAAAGAACAGUUCAAAUAAAGAUGCACACAAUAGAA